AUGCAGGGUCGUCAGGCCGGCACGGCGCUCCUGCUCCUCCUCGCCGUCGUCGUCGCCGCCCUCCCCGCACCGUCGCUCGGCUGGGGCGUCGACGGGCACCUCAUCAUCUGCCAGAUCGCGCAGGGCCGGCUGAGCGACGCGGCGGCGAAGGCGGUGAACGAGCUGCUGCCGUCGGGCGCCGGCGGCAACCUGAGCAGCUUCUGCUCCUGGGCCGACAGGGUCAGGUUCAGGUACCACUGGUCGGCGCCGCUCCACUUCAUCGACGUCCCCGACAACGUCUGCAGCUACUCCUACGACAGGGACUGCAAGGACGAGGAGGGCGUCAAGGGCCGCUGCGUCGCCGGCGCCAUCAACAACUACACCUCCCAGCUCCUCACCUACGGAUCAUCAUCGCUGUCGCCGUCUUCUAAAUCUUCCGGCCAAUAUAACCUGACGGAAGCGCUCUUGUUCCUCUCGCACUUCAUGGGAGACAUCCACCAGCCACUGCAUUGUGGUUUUGCUUCUGACAGAGGCGGGAACACCAUUGAUGUCCACUGGUACAGGAGGAAGACCGUCCUCCACCAUGUUUGGGAUGUGAACAUCAUCCAGACGGCCGAGAAGGACUACUACGACGAAGGCGCGGGCGAAUUCAUUGACGCGCUGAACAAGAACAUAACGGGGGCGUGGUCAGACAAAGUGCAGGAAUGGGAGGAGUGCGCCAAGAACCAGACGGCGUGCCCUGACAAAUAUGGGUCGGAGAGCAUCACCGCAGCGUGCAACUCGGCGUACAAGGGCGUGACAGAAGAUUCAACGCUGAGUGAUGAGUAUUUCGGGAGCAGGCUGCCGGUUGUGAACUUGAGGCUGGCGCAAGGCGGCGUCCGAUUGGCGGCUACGCUCAACAGGAUAUUUGGUCAAUCCAAGGCUUAG